AUGCAGAGUCCUGCGGAAGCAUUGUCGCAGCAGCAUGCACAAGGUUGGCACUUCACGAGAGGACCUUUCGCCGUACUCGGCUUUGUCAACCUGUUUCCUGCGGGGGCUGGAUCGAACUUUGCUACGAGAAACUUGCUACGGAAAGGUCGCUGCAGUAAACAGCAGCUGCGGGGAAAGCGCUGGUGCUGUGUGCGCGGCUUCCGAGUAGAGCGUCAGUCCCUGCAGGCUGCCGCCGAGGUGCCGACGCCUUACCGCUUCGCGCUGGGGCGAGCACCGGUCGAGCGAGCCAAGGCAGCGGGACCGAUCUCGCAGCAGCAUGCUCGAUCAGAGGAAGAGUUGAACGAACUCGUAGCGAAGAGGUUCUUAGAACUGGUCCGCAGUGAGGGCACUGGGCCCGUUGGCGUUCCGGCUCAGCUGGUGAAGCCGGCUUGGCUCGAAUGGAGCGACCGCAUGGCCACCAGGCUGGCUGGUUUGGGGCAAGUCUGGCGCGUACUCUUCAGUGUGCUACUUGCAGCAACUAUUGGGGCGGCUGCGGCCGGCGUAACGCCACCGGGACGUCGACGCGCUGCGGGUUUCGCCGCGGGUGCGCUUCCAACUGCAGCGCUUGCCGUGGUGAUGCUCCGGCGGGGACGCUCGAUUGGUGCACCGCGAGCGCUCGCAAGCGCUCUUGUCGAGAGCACGGUUGCUGUAUCGACGAAGAACAUGCCGAGUGCGAGCGAUGAUCAGCGUCGCCGUGCAGACGACAAUGGCGGCGAAGACACGGAAAGCGACGACAAUGGAGCGACGUCCUCAAACGCGCCACCGCGACUGGGGCUUGCCUCACACAUCGAUCCGGAGAUGAUUCAGCGUGUGGCAAUACAAUACGGGAUGCAGCCGGACGCUCCAUCGUGGAAGCUGGAGACGCUUGUUGGUCUCUAUGAACGAUACCUACUGGCUUUGGUGCAGACGAGCGGCACGCCGCGCGUCUCCGAAGUUCGCCAGUUGAAAGCACUGCGCUCCGCGUUUGGUCUGAGUCAUGUCGAUGUCGGUGACGCGCAUCAUCAAGUAGCGAUGCGUUUUCGUAGAGAAAAUUUCGUCUAUAUUGACGACUAUAUUCGCGCACAAGACGUCGACGAUCGGAACUAUGAUGAGAUCUUCCGGGAACGCGCACAAGAUGUGAAUCAGAAACUUUCCAAGCUACUCUUCCUAUCUGCACGCGUGCUCGACGAUCCAACUGAACCAGAGGAGGCUUACCGCUACGAAAUGGCCCGCUUGCGCAACGUAUUUGACUUGUCAGAAUCAGAGUUUCAGGCGCGUGUUCGUGACAUUGCCGUUCCUUUCUACCAGACCGCAGUGCGGAAGGCUGUAUGGCUGCUUGAGCAAGGUCGGUCGAUCACUUUAGAGAAAUUGCGAUCUGCUCGGGAAAUGCUGGAUGUUGACGAUGGCACCGCUAGUCGUCUGCAUCUGGAGGCGUAUGGAGCGCUCGUGCAGCGCCUCCUGCAAGCACAUUCGAACGAGAAAGUCCCACGUCUAUCCGCAAAAGACAUGAGCGUGCUCCAGGAGGCAAGGAGGCUUUUGGAUAUCGAUGCAGGCGAUGCAGAUGCGCUGCUCCGCGAUGCCGCAGAGCCGCUCUAUCAGCAAGAGGUGGAGCGCGUCGUUGAGUCUGCAGAUCUUCGCAUUCCUACGGCACAUGGGCGCCUAGCGGUGCGUCGGGAAGAGCUGGGGCUCAGCGUAGAGCUCGCACGCACAGCGGCAGAGAAGUGGAUUCGCGGGCGUGUUACCGCUAUCCUGAAGGAUGCCACACGAGCGCUCCGCGUUCAGAACCUUACCAUGACGAUUGAAGAACUGAAUCGCCUGCUGGGGCUUAUCCGCAGAAGCUUGAGCAUCAUUCAUGGCGUCGUCUGGGAAGAGGUCGUUCCGAAUUCGGCCGAGCAACGCACCGUGAACGCGUCACUGGAGCGUAUCAUGAGUGUGCUCCUUGAUGAGCUCGCGGACCUAGAGCGCCAGCAGCUCUAUCGAGUGUACCUGGCAAAAUGUCUUGAGGACCGCAUGAUUGACGCACAAGAAGGACGCAACCUCGAUGAUCUUCGCGCCGUUCUGCGUAUUUCUGAAAACGAAGCUGCCCAAGCGUACAACCGUGCUGCUGGUCCCGUCUACCGGGAAGCUGUGCUCGAGGUCAUGGCAAAUCGAAGCGAGUUUACGGACGCGGAUAUCCAGAGCCUGAACCAAAUAGCAGGCGACCUGCAUAUACCGGCCAAGGUUGCCCACGAUAUUCGUAUGGAGCUGUAUCGAGAGCGUCUUGAAGCGAGCACCCGCGAUAAUCGGGUACCAUCGGAGGAAGAGUCCAGUCAGCUGGCGCGUUUGCGAGAGCUGCUCCAGUUGGAUUCGGAGGCGCUCGCGGCACUGCACGCCAGCGUCUGCGCAGGCACCUAUGCGCAGUCAGUCGACGAGUGCAUGGGCUCGAACGGCAUCAUCCCGGAGCCGUAUCGCGCCGGGCUGGAGCGUCUGCGACAACGGCUCUGCCUUGAUGAACGACGUGCCCGAGAGCUCUUCCUGCAGGUAGCUCGUCGACGAAUGGCGGGCUAUGUACAGCGCGCGAUCAAGCUCCUCCAGAAGAAACAGUCGUUUCGGGGUCAGGAUGAAGAGCGCGAUGUCGGUGACGAUCCCUUCGUGCGACGAGCGGGCGCUUUUCUGGGCAUCGAGGCGGGUACCAUCACCAUUGAGCUGAGUAACUUGAUCGAUUUCUACAUCCGCAAUGGAAUCCUAGAGAUGGAGAAUGAACAGGCUGUGUACCCGGUGAACCUCCGGGGUGUCUUCGAUCUGAACAUUCUUCAGGAGAUGUAUCGACAAUACCUCAUCCAGUCCUUCGCAGCGAAAAGUCGCACAGAAAAGGAGCGCCUCUUUAACAACCUCGCACAUUUGGGGAACAUCCUGGGCCUUACUUCAGCCGAGGUCAAUGCCAUUCAUUCGAAUAUCGGCUCCGUAAUCUACAAAACCUAUGCAUCACAGGCGCUGACGAAUAAUCGGCUCGAGGAGAAGGAUAUCGAGUUUCUGCGGAAUAUUCAAAACAUGCUCAGCAUGGACGAGGCAACGUGCAGGACGCUGCUCCAAGAGACAAAGGAGGCGCGCGCAGGCUUCCUCUUUGACAAGAUCUUCUCUCGCACAUUUGGGAUGGCGGAAGCGGUGGCAGAGUUUCGACGCGUGUGUCGCGAGCUUGACGUUGAUCCUGUGCGGGACCUGAAACUCACCGAGGAUCGUCGUGUUCGAGCUUUUCGGGCAGAGAUAGAGCACGCCAUUGAGAACGGACUCAUUACGCCUGAGAACCAAAGUCUGCUGAAGGAGUCUCAAGAAGAACUGGGGAUUUCAGCGGAAAAAGCUCGACAGGUUUUGCUCGACUGCAUCCAGGAUCGCUGCGAGGCGCUCAUCGUGCAGGCGGCAGCGUCUCUGCGUCAACGUCGUCAAGAGGGCGCAGCGCGAGACUUGAGCCGAGCGCUGCGCUUUGGCAAGUUGCUUCCGUUCCAGGUGCAGACGCCCACGGUGACGGGUGCAGAGCGCCAAGAGCUCUACCUGGUGUACCAGGCGUAUGCGCUGGGCACCGCCCGCUCUAAUGCCGAGAACGAUCAGGUGAAAGAGGAUCUCGCGCUGCUGCGAGAGAUGUUGGGAAUCCAAGCCGCCUAA